AUGAACCCCCUUGGCGCUAAUAUGAACAAAACCUCCGUCAUGGCGAAGUUUGAAGAAGUCCUAACUCUCCUACGGGACUCAGGAGCUACAAUCAUCGACAACGCAAAUUACUCUGCAUACGAUGAGAUCAAUAGCCCGACCGCACUCCAGAACUUUGUCAGUCCAGCGGAGUACAAGGAGAAUAUAGAAAAGUAUCUCAACAAUCUUGAAAUCAAUCCUCAUAAUCUGCAUAGUCUCGAUGACCUCAUCGCAUGCACAAAGUCGCAUCCAAAAGAGGAAUGCCCCGAGCGUGAUAUUGAGUCCUGGGAAAGCGGCGAGAGCAAAGAUGGUAUAGAUGGGGCAUCAGAUGCCGCCCAGGCAGACGCGCUCAUAUUUCCCUCUAUAGUGAGUUCGGAUGUGCCAGGUCUGACAGGUCACCCUGUCAUCACCGUUCCCUUGGGCUUUAUGCCCCGCGACACUCCGAUAAGGCACAAUGCGCGUGGUAACCUUGUUGAGGAAGGACCUGGUGUUCCGUAA